CUCCGGCCCGCGGGAGGCGGACAUGCUGGCAUGGCAGGACGGCGGGGCCAAGGCGGCCCCUUCUCACCACAAGAUCUCCUUCUCGGUCCUGGACAUCUUGGAUCCGCAGAAAUUCACGCGAGCUGCGCUCCCGCCGGUGCAUCUCGCUGCCCUGGAAGCCAAGAAAAGUUUAGCGGAGGUGGAAGCAGGGGAGGACGGCAGUCCCGGGGAUCCGAUCGAGUCGCAGGAGAUACCUGAUGCUGCGGGCCGAGGCACUGGCCCCGCGUCCCCCCUGGAGGGCUCCGAGGCGGAAGAGGAGGAGGAGGCAGAGGAUGCGGAGCGAGUGCAGAGGCAGGAGCGGCCGGAACGCUGGCAGGGGGUCCACGCGGGCUCUCGAGAGGCCGGGACGGUGACGGCGGGAGCAGAGGAGAGCAGCGCGGACGGGCUCGCACCAUCCCCGGGCUCUCCCGGCUCCCCACGGCCCCGGCGCCGGCGAGCGGAGCCCAGUUGCACCAAGCCGCGGCGAGCGCGCACCGCCUUCACUUACGAGCAGCUCGUGGCUCUGGAGAACAAGUUCCGAGCCACGCGCUACCUAUCGGUGUGCGAACGUCUGAACCUUGCGCUGUCGCUUAGCCUCACGGAGACGCAGGUGAAAAUCUGGUUCCAGAACCGCAGGACCAAGUGGAAGAAGCAGAACCCAGGGGCCGACGGCGCGGUGCAGGCGGGAGGCGGUGCACCCCAGACUGGGACACCAGGUUCGGUGGCGGGGACCUGCAGCAGUGGCACUGGGAGCAGUCCUGGCCCACCGGUUCCUGGAACUCUGCCCUUCCAGACUUUCCCUACCUAUCCCGCGACCAACGUUCUCUUCCCCGCCGCCUCCUUCCCGCUGACGACCGCCGCCACUGGGAGUCCCUUCACUCCUUUCCUUGGGCCCUCCUACUUGACCCCUUUCUAUGCCCCACAUUUAUGAAUCCCGGGACUGCAGCUCAGUCGGGAUUUACCAGUGACCAGUAUGGUGGAGUGGGUCACUGCUUUACAGAGAGGCACUGACCGCCCCCUCCUGGUGUGCUGGUGUCUGUGUACCUCUUCCCUCCAGCUGCCGGUGACGCCACCAGAGGGCGAGGAGAAGCCGUCUGCUGGACUCCAACCACACAGGCCACUGAAGGGUGGAGAAAGUGUCCAGACCAGGCUGACUUCAAAUCUUCCAGCUUCUGGCCUCGCUCUUCUCUUCAUUUACU